CAUCAAACGUGCGAAUCGGCUGAAAUUAUUCAAAAUGGAGGAUCACUUUGAAGAAGAAUUUGAGGACACACGUGAAGAUAUUUCGCAUCUUCUACAGGGAAUAAAUCGGUAUAAACCGUUUGAAUAACAUAUUGAGAUUAUAGUGGAGAGUUUUAUUUAUACAAUGCUUACAAAACAAUAGUUAAAUUGUACUUUUAUUCGUUGUAAAGUUUCAGUUUUUGACAUGAACGUGUAGUUUGGUCAAAGUUUUAUAAUUGGGGGUUAUUUAAGGUGUUUUGUGUUGUUAUGUAGGUAUAAUCCAGAGAAUUUACCGCAACUCGAAGCAUAUGUACAAUUACAGGUAUAUUGACACACAAUAAAGUUAAUAAUAAUAGUUAAUAAAGACUUUUAAAGAGCUAAUUUAAUUGAUACAUUGAGUCACAUACAGUACUUUAUAUAGACAGAAAAAUUAAAUAGAACCACGUGUUUUUUAGAUAUUAGCAGAUGAAAGUAAGAUGUCAGUUUAUUGUAACCUACAUGCUGGUGCAUGUAUUUUUUGCACUAUGUAGAAUUUUACAUUAUUUUGAUUUCCCCCCAUUCUUCAAAAUUUUUUGCUUUGUUUGUGAGGUUUUUGCAUCAAAAAUGAUUGGUUCUUCUAGUUCCUUUUACAAAAUAGGUGAAAUUUUAGUGACUACUCAUUUCAACAAUCAUUCUGGUGAUAUUUGACAUAGCAAGUGAUUUCAAUCAUGAUCAACAACAACAUAUACAGCUAAUAUAUCGGCAUAAAUAACAAAAUUUAAUUAAUGCCCUUUUUCUAUUUUUGCCUGUCAAAAUUGUGAAAAUAAAGUCUCGUGAAAUGUUGCCUCGAAAAAAAUUUGAUCAGCCUGUUCACUUAUGACCAAAACUGUCCACAUAAUAACUCAGUUGUGCCAAUAGAUCUCUCUGUUUUAAGCCCCCCCCCCCCUGGCCAUACAGCUCUACUCUCUAUUAACAAGUCUCAAUUUUCAAUUUUCUGUAGACAUCUGAGAAUAAAUAUGAUUUGGAUGCAAAUUUAUCUAUUCUUAAACUGUACGUAAACUGUUAUACGUUUUUUAAUGUUUCAAAAUAUAAAUGAUUCUUUACAACAUAAGUCUCAAAUAUUCAUUUAUUCUAAUCAAUAGCCGUUUUCACAUUAGACGACAGACAAGUCGUCUAGAUGAACAAAUUGUCUUAAAAUCAUCUUUUAGUCGGACAAAUCAUCAGAUGUGAAAACGUUAGACAAACAAGUUGUCUGAAUUUGUUUGACUACUUGUCCGUCUGUGAAGACGAUUUUUGAGGGACGAUUUGUUCGUCUAGAUGAUUUGUCCAUAUCUAUAAUGUGAAUAGGGCCAAUCUAAUUAAUUCAUUUCCAAUUUUGUUUUCAAUUAUUCCAUUUCUAAUUAUUUCCAGAUAUCAGUUUAACCCACAACUUCAUCAGACUAACGUAGUUGUACAGAUAUUGCUAAAAGCAUUAAUGAAUCUUCCUCGGACAGACUUUUACUUGUGCAAGUGCUUAAUUGAUGAAAACCAUGCUGUAUCCUUUAAUUAAGAUUGAACAUUUAUGCAUAUACAAGUGAGAUGCCCACCUAGACUAUGUUCACGUGAAUGAUGUGAUGCCAGGGCAGUUUGAAAAUCGCGCAGAAAAGUCGCAAUUAGCUGUCACGUUUACAAUACACUGGAGGAAAAUUGUUUGAAACUUUUGCAGUAAACAAUUUCAGAUCGGUUUCUAAACGGAGCAAGAUGGAGACAGCGCUUGGCGGCUUUGUUACCUUUUUGUAGCAUCCCAGGUCUCACAACAGUAAAUUUGAAUGCUUUUUAUUUAAUUGAAUUUGUUUACACCAAUGGACCAUUCCCCAAUUAAUCAAAAUUUUGAACUCAACAAGUCUAGACAAAAAUUUCAUCACAGUUUGAAAGAGCAUCACAAAAUUAGUAAUAUUCCAAAGUUUCGUUGCAAAAUGUUGUAAAAUGCGGAUAAUAUAGCCUUGCGAAGUUUGCAAUUUUCAGUCAUUUUAGAUUACAAACGGGAAAUGGUUACCACUUCUGUGCGUAAUACAAAAUGACUGAAAAUUGCAAACUUCGCAAGGCUAUAUUAUCCGCAUUUUAUAACAUUUUGCAACGAAACUUUGGAAUAUUACUAAUUUUGUGAUGCUCUUUCAAGCUGUGAUGAAAUUUUUGUUUAGGCUAGUUAAGAUCAAAAUUUUGGAAAAGUGGUAACCAUUUCCCGUUUGUAAUCUAAAAUGACUGAAAACUGCAAAUUUCGCAAGGCUAUAUUAUCCGCAUUUUACAACAUUUCGCAACGAAACUUUGGAAUAUUACUAAUUUUGUGAUGCUCUUUCAUGCUAUGAUGGAAUUUUGUCUAGACUUGUUGAGAUCAAAAUUUUGGUUAAUUGGGGAAUGGUCCAUUGAAUUUGUAAACUGUAACAGCAUGGUGUGGACACAUGUAAAUUCUGUAGGUUCUAGCCAAUCAUCUAAUACCUUUUCUUAACUGCAACAUCCUCAGCAUGAUAAAUCUAUCGAGAAAGUUUUAUACCUUUCCGACUUGAUGGAGACAUGUCACUUCAAAGAUUUUUGGGUGAGUUGAAAGGAUAGGAUAAAAGGAUAAAACUUUAUUUGACAACGCUGGCCACUUCAACCGAAGCUGCGUUCCAAGUGGGGCGUGGAUAAUUUAUAAUGUCAUGAUACAAAAAUAUAUAAAAUAGAAAAUCACUAAUAAUAUUAAGAACUACGAAUACAAAAUACAUACGGUAUUACAAAACAAGUGGUACAAUAGUCAAAUAGCUAAUUCAUCAGACUAAUAUUCCUAUUGAAAGAAUUUAGAGAUUUGCUGCUUCUUAAAGGAAUACUGAAUGGUUUUCCGUGCAGGAUUGCGUGAUCCGUGCACGAGGGAUGUCGCGAGACUUUCGGAAAGCGUAAAAAUACUCGAGCCGCAGGCGAGUGUAUUUUAUUACGCUUUCCGAAAGUCGAGCAACAUCCCAAGUGCAUGGGUCACACUCUCCUGCUUGGAAAAUCAUUUGGUAAUUGUUUUAUAAAAUAACUACAGUGAAACAAUGACAUUUUGAGAAUCCCGCGAAAAUCCCGCGAAGGCAUUUUAAUUUCUUGUGCAGGAUAGCCUGAUCCUGCACGGCUAUUGGCCAAUCAAAUUGCGUGUUUCACUGUAGUUAUUAUAUAAUAUUUGUUCACGAAUGCUAUUCCGCUAUGCAGGCUAGUAAUUCACUUGAAUUUUUCCAAUUGAGUGGCAGUAUUCUCCCCUUGACAAGUAAAAUUGUCUGGCGUUAGAGAGAAUAAAAUAAUAAAGUAGGGUGUUAUGUCGUUCAUUGCAUACCAAAUGGAAAUUAUGCUAAAUUUGUACUGUAUGGAUUAAGUUGAUAUUGAAAAUGUAAUUUCAGAAUGAAAUUCGGCAGGAAUGCCCAGAACUUAUUGAUGGCGUGAGAGGAUUCGAGGCAGCUCUAAUGUUGUGUAUGUAGCAUUUGUGUUUUCAUUGUUGCCAAGGCCGGAGUUUGGUGGAAAUAGUGGGGAAGUUGGGAAAAAAUUUAGGGGAGGUGCAGCGGUCUAGCUCACGACCCCCAUGGAAAGUUAGGGCCUAGAACAGGCCAAUGUCAACGACGUGACCUAUGCAUGUAGUGUACAUAUGUAUCAGUGUAUUAAUGAAUUAUGACUGUGCAACUUAUCCAAUUUUGCCCUUCAUUACAAUUACUACAAAAUUUCUUUCAAAACAUCUCAUUAAAAGGGUACUUGAUACAGAGAUGAAUAGCUAUCGUUGAUUCAAUUUUACAGAAAAACGUUCUUACGAAGUGUAGACCCCAAGCAACCAAAAAAAUGUCAAAUUUUCGCUUUGAUCUAUCAUUGAAACUUCCCCAAGGGGAGGUGCAUGACUUUUUAGGAGAGCUACAAAAAUUAUCAGGGAGGUGCAAAACGAUCUCAGCGGGGGAGGUGUGCACCUCCCCACACCUCCCCUCAAAAUCUGUCAUGAUCUGUGCUUGGUUUGUGAAAGCUUGCAAUGACCAUUGAACAGUGCUGUAUCUUCCAUUCCGUACCUGUAGACAUUGGUGGUGUGCUGAGUACAACCUAUCAAAGUAUAGACAUACAACUUCUGUCGGACCUACUUGGUGGUCUUGAAGGUACUUAUUAAAGUAAUUCAUAUAGCCCUGUAAUUUUGCUUGUAGCUUAAAUACAUUCUGAUUAUCUAUCUAUCUAAAAGUAAGGUUCUGCCCAGCGUUGACAGCAGUGCCGCCCAGAACUCCGGAAUGGAUGAUUCCAGCUAUACAGUAGACGGAAUUUUGAUAGUCAUUACCAUAGCUGGAACGAGCAUCUUAAAAUGAGUAAAUUUGCAAAUUUUGGUUGCGAAAAUAUAGCCCUGUGAAGUUUGCAAAUUUUGUAUAUAUUUGCAUUACGCGCGGAAAAAAGAACCAUUUUUGACUCAAAAAUGGUUGUUUUCUCCGCACGUAAUGCAAAUAUAUACAAAAUUUGCGAACUUCACAGGGCUAUAUUUUCUUCAUUUUACAACAUUUAGCAACCAAUCUUUGCAGUUUUACUCAUUCUAAGACGCUCUUUCUAGCUGUGGUGUUGGAUUGCGUUCUUCUUGCCUGGAUCAAAAUUUAGUCUAUACCUGCAAUCACCCAUUUCAAAAGGUCUCGGUGGGGGAUGGGGCGAGGCCCCCAGUUCUGGUGCCCGGCACUCGCUUGGUCAUGAGCAUGCAAAACCCUGCUAAAAGUAUACUGUUGACUACUUAGGCAAUGAACUGCAGGCAUGGAUUACAUCACGUGGUUGGAGUAUACGUUCUGAUGGCAAAGUCUUCAUUUGUAACCAAGAGCAUAUUAAGUCGAAGAAUAUUGUAGAGAAGAUCAAUUUUCAUAGUGAGUAUAUUUUGAAUCGAUUUCGUGAGCUAAGGCCUUGCUAGACCACAGUCUAUGAAGAUAUGAUGGACUGGAAGCCCGGCAAAGUCACAGAAUAGAAGGCCUUUGUUGAUGUUGAACUGUAUCUCACUGUGCACAAAUCCUUUGUCUGGUUGUCUUAAUAACUCAACAUCUAGUUAUUUGCGGUUAAGAAUUGUGUCAUCAGACAAAAACAUUUCAAGAAGCAAUAACUGUUGACAACGGUUGCCAUUUUUGGCUUCACGUUGUAUCGUAAAGGAAACAACGAAAUAAUUGAAUACCAAAUUAAUGGACCAUUCCCCAAUUAACCAAGAUUUUGAACUCAACAAGUCUAGACAAGAAUUUCAUCACAGCUUGAAAGAACAUCACAAAAUUAGUAAUAUUCCAAAGUUUCGUUGCAAAAUGUUGUAAAAUGCGGAUAAUAUAGCCUUGCGAAGUUUGCAAUUUUAGAUUACAAACGGGAAAUGGUUACCACUUCUGUAAUACAAAAUGACUGAAAAUUACAAAUUUCGCAAGGCUAUAUUAUCCGCAUUUUAUAACAUUUUGCAACGAAACUUUGGAAUAUUACUCAUUUUGUGAUGCUCUUUCAAGCUGUGAUGAAAUUUUUGUUUAGGCUAGUUAAGAUCAAAAUUUUGGAAAAGUGGUAACCAUUUCCCGUUUGUAAUCUAAAAUGACUGGAAAUCGCAAAUUUCGCAAGGCUAUAUUAUUCGCAUUUUACAACAUUUCGCAACGAAACUUUGGAAUAUUACUAAUUUUGUGAUGCUGUUUCAUGCCAUGAUGGAAUUUUGUCUAGACUUGUUGAGAUCAAAAUUUUGGUUAAUUGGGGAAUGGUCCAUUCACAAACUCGAUACCUAAACUCAAGUUUCCAGUUCCCAGAAAAAAAUCUUUUUUCACUUCUCGGCUUACAGACCAUAUAGUUUGCCAAGGGUCUUCUGGAAGCCUGGCAAACUUCAAAGGUAUAAAGAUAGAAGAACAAGCUUUCGUUCCUACGGAUGCAACUACCUGAAAAAUAUGAGGAAAAUUUUGACGUUUUGAGCGAAGGCCCUUCCAGUAACUCCAGACGAAGGGCCUUCGCUCGAAACAUCGAACGUUUCCUUAUAUUUUUCAGGUAGUUUCAUUCCUACCAACGAAAGCUUGUUCAUAUUAUUGGACUUCAAUUGUCACUGAAGUGGUGGAAUUAAUAUUAGAAUUAAUAUUAGAAUUAGAUCGCAGGGCGGUAGGUUCAAUUCCUACCAGAGGACCUUGUGCUGCAUUUUUCGCAGUCGUUCCUGGUUAGGUCUUAAAAUGUAUAUAUUCUCACUUGGAUUAUAAACCCUAACAUUCUAAUAUUAAUUCCAGCAAGUGAAGUGCAAUAAUCCGAAUCAUUGAAGUCCACCUUAUCACAACCCGCACACUCGAUUACCUAUAUAUACAUGAACCUAUGGUUACAGCUCAUACAUAUUCUCACUUGGAUUACAAACCCUAACAUUCUAAUGUUCAUAUUAUUGGCACCGUACAUAAAUCUUUUAUUUGGUUGUCUCAAUAACUCAACAUCUAGUUACUUCAUGUUUGGUUAAGAAUUGUGUUAUCAGUUGCAACUGCCAGACAUAAACAUUUCAAGAAGCAAUAACUGUUGACAACGGACGCCAUUUUUGGCGUCACGUUGUAUCAUAAAACGAGCAACGAAAAAAACAGGGUCGCUAUGUAAGCAAACAACGUCGACCACAUCCGAAAAAACAUUGUGGUCUUCAGAAAAAAAUAGGGUCGGAAACCGAAACCACAGGAUUUUUUUUGUUAAGCCUAACCUCUUUCCUUUGUUUGUGCAUUUGUGUGGCCUAAGCCAUUGCUUGAUGUUGCUAUAGCACCAGGAUUUUAUACAAGCGCUUUUAUACUACCGGUAUGUACUGUAGGAAAAAUUCGAUCUUCAAUUGUGUUUUUAAACUCAAUCUUUCUCCGUAAUAAUAUUUUUUACAAUAUUUUUUUGAGAAAUUGUAGCAACUGUGAGUAAUUAAUUGUAAAAGGACGAAAGUACUUGAUCGUUGUAUAUAUUCUUCAACACGCCAUUAAAUAUCUGUUUUAAAACGGUUAUGUUUUCGUUCAAAACUGCCGUCUGAAAUGCGGGAACUGUUAUUUCAUAUAGAGACAAAAUCAAGAAGUUUCCAUGGGUGAGGGGUUUUGGCAGAAGUGAGGGAGUGCUCUCCUCGUAAAACUCGAUCUUCUUCGACAAAAACGGUUGUAGACGAAAAUACUUGUAUAAAAAAUCCCUGAGCAUUGUCUCGUAACACGAAGUUGAAACUAAAAAUCUAAAAAAUUUUCAAUACUGCACACUUUUCAAUUAGCCAUAUACAGACAUAUACAUUGGACAGUUCAACCGGAACUUAUGGUAAAAUAUAACCAGUAUUUAGAAGUGGUUUUCCCGAUUCACGGUGGGAGGGGUUGUUACCCAAAAUUCGAAUUCUAUACAACCGUACUCGACGUCUGUGAUAUGAUGUGUAAAAUAAGCCGUGGUUUUCAUAUUUUAGGUGUGAAAGGCAUGAUGCAGGUUUCAAGAUAAUGAGGACAUUCUUACAGUUCAUCGAGUCAGGCAGGAAAUAUAUAGAAAAAUAUUUAAUAUCUUAAUACAUGCAGCUCAGCUUUAAAACUGCACUCAUGACUUAGUUUGCGUUUUAACCAAGUUUUGAGGGUUUUCGGGAGGAUCGUAGUCUCCUAUGAGGUUUUUUCUCUAGUCACGGACAUGAGCAGAUUGGCUUGAAAACAGCACACUCGCGUGUGAAAGGCAGUCCAAUUUUUCCCGCCAUGCGACCAGACCUUGUCCGCCAUAUUUGGGUGUUGAGAAAAUACGCACUUUAAAAAUUGUACGCAUUUCGCGCUGAUACACGUUGCGUGCACAAGCGCUCAACCGGAAUCCAUGGAGCAAACGGUUUCCGCGACGAACUUUGGUUGCAGUAACAUGUUAUGUUGGAAAUUAUCAUUAAAAAAUCGAAAUGAAUGACGUUACCAUUACUCGGUCGACUGAUUUUAUGUCGUCAUUAUAAAAUCGGUAUCGGGUAGAAUGUUACACGAAUAAUCAGUAAU